CGUGGAGCUAAGUCAUUUAGGUAUAAUAUUCCAUCUAUUAAAUUGAACAUAAUUGUGGAUUUGAACGCGCGUCACAAUCAAUAACAUAGUUGUAGUGGGGACCCUCGUAAUGGCAACAUAUGCAGAGUUUAUUCAGCAGCAGGAGGAGAGAGAUGGGGUUCGAUUCAGCGUGAAUGCAUGGCCUUCCAGUCGUCUGGAGGCAACCAGACUAGUGGUGCCAAUUGGUUGUCUGUAUACCCCAAUAAAAGAGCUUCCAGAUCUUCCUCCAAUCCACUACGACCCAGUUCUCUGCACAAGAUCAACAUGCAGAGCAAUCCUAAACCCUUUCAGCCAAGUAGACUACAGAUCAAGAGUGUGGGUGUGCAACUUCUGUUUCAACCGUAAUCCUUUCCCACCUCAGUAUGCAGCAAUAACUGAGCAACAUCAACCAGCGGAGAUCAUUCCGAACUUUACCACAAUCGAGUAUAGUAUCAUGAGAGCUACUACACUGCCUCCCAUCUUCCUCAUAGUUCUGGAUAUGUGUAUGGACAAACAAGACCUCCAGGCUCUAAAGGAAUCACUGCAGAUGUCUCUUAGUCUGUUGCCACCCAAUGCUCUAAUUGGUGUCAUCACAUUUGGUAAGAUGGUGCAGGUGCACGAGCUAGGCUGCGAUGGUAUCUCCAAGAGCUACGUAUUUCGUGGAACAAAGGACCUUACUGCCAAGCAGAUACAGGACAUGUUGGGAAUAGGUAAGGCAGUGCCCCAGCAACAGCAAAGAGGUCAGCAACAGCAACCACAACAGCAUCAGACAUUUAAUAAGUUCUUGCAGCCUGUGCACAAGUGUGAUGAAGCACUCACUGACCUCCUGGGAGAGCUGCAGGAGGAUCCGUGGCCAGUACAGCAGGGCAAACGUCCGCUUCGUUCUACCGGUGUUGCACUUUCCAUUGCGGCUGGUCUGUUAGAGUGCACCUACCCCAACACGGGAGCUCGCAUAAUGCUGUUCAUCGGUGGCCCCUGCACGCAGGGACCCGGCAUGGUUGUCGGCGAGGAACUCAAGUAUCCGAUUCGCUCCCAUCAUGAUAUCGAGAAGGACAAUGCGAAAUACGUGAAGAAAGCCAUCAAGCACUAUGAGGCUCUGGCGACAAGAGCGGCUCAGAAUGGACAUGUGAUAGACCUGUACUCCUGUGCUCUUGAUCAGACUGGCAUACACGAGAUGAAGUACUGCCCUAACACGACCGGUGGCCACCUGGUGAUGGGUGAUUCGUUUGACUCUACCCUAUUCAAGCAGACAUUCCAGAGAGUGUUUGCCAAGGACUCAAAGGGUGAAUUCACGAUGGCUUUCAAUGCAGUAGUAGAAGUCAAGUGUUCGAGGGAGAUGAAGAUUAUGGGAGUGAUCGGCCCGUGCGUAUCAAUGAACGCGAAGAGCCCCAGCGUGUCGGAAACGGAGAUGGGAAGUGGAGGGACGUGCCAGUGGAAGUUCUGCGGAAUCUAUCCGAACACGACGGCGGCCGUCUACUUCGAAGUCGUUCACCAGCAUUCGGCACCGAUCCCACAGGGAGGCCGUGGCUUCAUACAAUUCAUCACGCAGUAUCAGCAUCCGAGUGGGCAGAAACGCGUCCGAGUCACCACCAUUGCCAGAAACUGGGUAGAUGCAACAACAAGUCUGCCUCACAUAGCAUCCAGCUUUGACCAGGAGACAGCUGCAGUGCUGAUGGCGAGGCUUGCUAUAUUCAGGUCCGAGACGGACGAAGGACCAGAUGUGCUCCGCUGGCUAGACAGAAUGCUCAUUAGACUGUGUCAGAAGUUUGGCGAGUACAACAAGGACGAUCCGAACUCAUUCCGGCUAUCGGAAACGUUCUCCCUGUAUCCGCAGUUUAUGUUCCACCUUAGGCGCUCGCAGUUUCUACAAGUCUUCAACAACAGUCCUGAUGAGACUGCCUACUACCGGCACAUCCUGAACAGGGAGGACCUCACGCAGAGUCUGAUCAUGGUGCAGCCGGUGCUGUACUCGUACUCGUUCAGCGGACCGCCGGAACCCGUGCUGCUUGAUAGCAGCAGCAUCCAGAUCGACCGCAUCCUCCUCAUGGACUCCUUCUUCCACCUCGUCAUCUACAGGGGCGAGACGAUAGCACAAUGGUACAAAGCAGGCUACCACAAUCAGCCGGAAUAUGAGAACUUCCGGCAGCUGCUUCAGGCUCCUGUUGACGAUGCCCAGGAAAUUCUCGAGAAUCGAUUCCCGAUGCCCCGAUAUGUGGAAUCCGAACAUAUGGGAUCACAGGCUCGGUUCCUGUUGUCUAAGGUGAAUCCUUCUCAGACACACAAUACGAUGUACACGUGGAGUCAGGAUGCUGGUGCUCCAGUGUUUACUGAUGAUGUCAGCCUUCAAGUGUUCAUGGAUCACCUGAAAAAAUUGGCAGUUUCCAGCACAGCGUAGCCAAUGCACCAAUUAGGAGCUCCACAUUUUUAUGAAGUAUAUUGAGUGGCUGGGCAAAGCCAUUUGUCUCCCAGACUCCAUAGAGUAGUGGUUUCCUAUUUUUUUUGGGUUACCGCCCCCUUAGCUCCAUAAACUCAUCCCCAAUGCAUCCUACCCUAUGCUGUAGAAAGCAAUCAAAUAGCAGUUUGCGUGACACUUGAAGGUAACAAUAAGAUACCAUAAAAUCCAAACCAGUAACAAUUAAUUACUCAAUUUAUUCAAAAUCUAUUUACAACUUAUUUGAAUUAAUUAAAGAAAAUUGAUAAACCUGGUAGAAUUAUUUCCAAAGUCGAUUAGUUCUUUAGCAACACACUAAGAUACCAUAUUAAGUAACUGCUUCAUUUUUCACUAAUUUGCAACGUGAUGGAUGGGCUUGUGGAAGUGAUACCAACUUUCCAAUGUCAGGUUAAAAGUUAUUUGGACACAUGGAAGAUGGUCGUCUGUGAUUGCUUAACAUCAUUAGCAACAUUAGCUGCGCGGUGUCAGUGCAAUAUAGUGUCAUCUGCCCAACCCCUUGCUUCUUAGCAGUCCCUAGGUAAUCCCAAGGCCCUAUGGGGGUGGUAUCACCCACAUUUGGAGCCACUGCGAUAGGGUUUUAUUUACGAAAUGUGGCAGUGCAUGGCAUUCUCUGUUAUUGCAAUCAGCCGCAGCUUUCUCGAACGUUAAAUGUGUUUGUGUAUCAUUAAUGCUAGUGUUGUUAACGGCGCAAUUUUAUUGAAAACAUACUGCCUAAAUUGUAAAUGAAAUGCAUGUGUAAGCUUCUCUUCUCCUUGGAUAGACAAGGGAGGGAUUCGGGGUAUGGGACAUAUGUAGAAUAGCAACUGCUAUACCUUCUAUGCCAAGUUGAAAGAUAUCAUCAGCCAGUUAUUCACGUCAUGUAAGGAAGUGUGUGAACCAGGUCCUGUAGUAAGGAGGAGGGCAGUAGUAGUAGUAUUAUAAGGGGGUUGAAUUUUUUUGCUAUAAAAUCAUAAAUCUAUUUAUUGUCAACACAUAUAUGAGUACCAAUCACAACGGAUUUAUUGUAAUGCAAGUGAAACAUUUGCUACAUACAUUGCAUGGUGCAACAUGUUGUGGCAAAUGUAGCGGGGUUGAUCAUUUGAUGUUGAAAGCCUGUAGUUGGUGAUGCCAGGAAUUGGCAUUUGGUGAGAUUAUGUGACUGUUGUGUUCAGCCUAUGUAAUUUUACACAUAUGUAACAUCCAACGAAAGUUUUUGUGUGGAUAAAUGGGCAGAAUGCUAUUUGUACAGAAGACUGAUUGAAUAUAAUAUUUCAGUCUGUGCCGACCAUGUGUGCAUGUUUGUAUUUUCUCUUGUUAACAUAUUUGAGUAAACUUUGAUUGGGCGGUAGGAAAUAUAUAUAUUGUUACAAACAUCA